UAUGGCCGCACGUCGUCGACGUUCAUUUUGAGCAAGGUGCCAGUUAAGUUUAACUACUAUCUCUUAUUGUUCGCAGGCGGAAGCAGCUAUCCAGUGAGUACCAGUAAAACAUGGUACAGGAUGCUUCCAAUCCAGACCAAGUCCUCACAUUUUGAAUCAAUCCUAGCAGAAUUGAAUAAGCAGCGCCUGUCCAAAGUCCACUGUGAUGUGUCUCUGGUUAGUGAUCUAGGUGUGACAUUCCCAGCUCAUCGCUGUGUCUUAGCAGCCAGUUGUGGAUAUUUCCGUGAUCUACUAAACCAGCAGAGAGCAGGGUCAAUCUUAGUCCUCAAUGACUAUAGCACAGAAGCAUUGCAGCUCUUCAUUGAGGUCAUAUACACUGGCAGGUUUCAGCUGCCCAAAAACAUAGACAAUGAGGAGGAUGUAAAAAAGCUGAGACAUUUAGCUACUCUUUUGGAUUUACAGACUGCUGUUCAGCUUUGUGAUGAAUACCUCCGUGGAGUUCAAUUUUUCAAACCAAAAAGUCGACGCAAAACUAACAAACAAAAAAGCCAACGUAAAUUAAAGAAACCCUCUUCUAAUCAAUUGACAAAUGAGUCUGCAGAGCCUGAAAAAGAAGAAAAGGAAAUUAAAACUGAUACAAUUGCUACAAAUGUACCAACUGAUGAUAAUGAUGAUGAUGAUGGGGAUGAAUUACAAACUGAUGAUGAGGGGGAAGAAUCUCCAGUUGAUGUUGGAAUGAUUGAAGAUGAUAGUGUUGAAUACAUACCAACUGGGUCUGCAGCAAAGCAGUGUUUUGAUGAUGAAACGAACACAAAGGGUAUAAGAAAAUCACUACGCAUUGUAAAACGAAAAGUGAAAAAAUACCCUGAAGAGGAACAAAUAGCGAAACCAAGAAGAAAAAUUAAAAAGAGGAAAGUGCAAGAUGAUAGUGAUUCUGAUCUAGAUGAUAGUAUUGUUGUAGAGAGUGGUGCAGAUUUGGCUCCUUCUCAGCCUGUUGAUCCUGUGACAGAGGCUCUGAAUGUGGCUUUUGGUAUAACAUCUGACUUAGGAAAAGAAACCAACCCAACACCAGAUCCAGUGGAGGUUGAACAAACUUUUGACAAGAUUUUGAAAAUGUUGGCUGUUCAUAGACCACAACAAAAAAUAGAGAAAAGAGGAAGAAAGCCCAAAAUUAAGGUAGAGGAAAAGGAAAGCAAGGUAGCAAUGGAUGGGGAACUUUUCAGAGAAAAUGAUCAGUCAGUUCUUGAAAAGUUUGCUGAAAUUACAACAAAGGUUGCAGAGCAGGAAGGACAGACACUUUUGAUAAAUGGGACCAUUUCUACUGAAAGUUCAGAUUUUGAUACCAAGGUCAGUAAAUCCUUCAAGUCAAUCCAAGAGCAAAUUAAAAAGAGAAAACUAACUGAAAAUAGUGAAGUGUCAGUCAACCUUGGCUUAAAGAAGAAGCCAGCCAGUGCACAAGAAGAAGAAGAAUGGCGAAAUUGUUUAUACUGCAAACAGUUUAGGGGUAAAAGAAAGGGAAGAUUUGAGUUCCAUGCAAGAUAUUGCAACAGCCAGUAUCGAUGUCAACUUUGCUACAAACCUUUUCUCAAUGAGUUUGAUAUGAAGAGGCAUCAUUGUGCAAAAGAAAAGAAAAGUGUCAUUUGUGAACAGUGUGGGAAGACCUUGACCAACUGCUAUGCUUUAGCUCUCCAUAUGCAAGUACAUUCAGGAGUGAAGAAACAUGCUUGUCAGCACUGUGGAAAGCUUUUCCUACGAGCAUGCCAGUUGAAGGCUCAUGUAGUCCAUGUUCACACAACAGAACGUCCCCAUAAGUGUGUCCACUGUGGCAAGGCAUUUNCAGGUUUCUCAGAUUGUGGUGACUUGAUUUGA